AACACUGGUCAUCUUGCUAUUCGCCAACCUAUAUGAGCAUAUUUCGAUAACUGAAACAUUUCAGUCCGCCACCCUAAAGCCUUGCAGCAACCCACUCCCACCCAAAAUCUGCCGACUUCUCUCCAUGGCCACUCUGUUUCUUUGCCUGUAUGCUGCUUUCGCGCUCGUCUCAGCUCAGAGCGACCCCACAAUCAAAACUAUGGAGGAGUUUUCAGGGUACCGACUUCCCCGGCCGGACUUUGAUGAUUCCGCGCCUUCAGUGGACAUCGAAGCCCUUCAGGGACAGAUUGACGAAUUAUCCAUGUUCUCGGAUACACCUGCACCUUCAGUUACAAGGGUGCUCUAUAGUGAAAAGGAUGUUCUUGCAAGGAGGUACAUCAAGAGUUUAAUGAGCCGUUCUGGUCUUGUGGUUAGAGAGGAUUCCGUUGGGAACAUUUUUGGUCGAUGGGUUGGUUCAGAGCCCGACCUCCCUCCUGUUGCUACAGGUUCUCAUAUAGAUGCCAUACCAUAUUCAGGCAAAUAUGAUGGCGUUGUAGGAGUCUUGGGUGCAAUAGAAGCCAUUAAUCUACUCAAGAGGUUAGGAGUUAAGCCUAAGAGGUCAUUGGAGGUAAUCAUGUUCACCUCGGAAGAGCCAACACGGUUUGGAAUAAGCUGUUUGGGAAGGUCAGAACCUUAUAUUGUCUCAGUCAUGAUUCUUAAGGUGUUUGAAGCUCAUUCGGAUCUUUGCAGCCGAUUAUUAGCCGGAAGUAGAGAACUCGUGGAACAUUUAAAGUUUACGGUAGAUGGUCAGAACGUAUCGUUUUUUGAUGCUGCUAAUAAUGCUGGAUAUCCCAACAAGGAUUUGUCCAGUGUCUUCCUAGAAAAAGGAAGCUACUAUGCUUUCAUCGAAUUGCAUAUAGAGCAAGGCCCCAUUUUGGAAGAGGAAGCUCUGCCAAUUGGUGUUGUCACUGCAAUUGCUGCUCCAGCUAGCAUCAAAGUAGACUUUGAAGGCAAUGGAGGCCAUGCUGGAGCUGUUCUGAUGCCAAAGAGGAACGAUGCAGGGUUGGCUGCUGCUGAGUUAGCACUUGCAGUGGAAAAGCAUGUACUGGAAUCUGGAUCAAUAGACACUGUUGGAACAGUUGGUAUUCUGGAGCUGCAUCCGGGCGCGAUAAACAGCAUUCCAAGCAAGGCACAUGUUGAGAUUGAUACACGCGACAUAGAUGAAAAGAGGCGGAAUGAUGUAGUUGAUAAAAUUCAUCAAUCAGCUCUUAGCAUAUCCAAAGCUCGUAAUGUGAAGCUCUCGGAAUUUACCAUCGUGAAUCAAGAUCCACCGGCGCUUUCUGGAGACUCGAUCAUCAAGGCAACAGAAACAGCUUGUCAGGAACUGAACUUGCCUUACAAAAAGAUGAUCAGCCGAGCAUAUCACGAUUCCCUAUUCAUGGCCAGGAUAUCUCCAAUGGGCAUGAUUUUCAUCCCGUGCCACAAAGGGUACAGCCACAAGCCUGAAGAAUUUUCUGCACCAAAAGACAUUGCAAAUGGAGUGAAAGUUUUAGCACUGACUCUUGCCAAACUCUCUCUGUCCUAACAGUGGUAUGUAUGAAUAUAUAUAUAUAUAUAUAUAUGGAUUGAUUAUCUGCAUUGCCCUCUUUGAUUAGUACACUAUUUAAUCAAAUAAUAUAUGAAGUUAUUGCCUGAGGGGUAAAGUUUGAGUUGUUACUGUAAUUUAUUUGAAUCAGUGAAGGCUUGUCUUAGUAAUUUUAAGGAACACUUUUAGUUUUGAAAGAAAGUAUUAUUUAAAGGCAAAACAAUAUAAUUAAAAUUGUGUGAG